GAACGUGCGGUUUGUGGUCUGUCUUUCUGUAAUGCAAGAACUUUAUCACCUGUGUCUAUUUUUUCCUUUCUAUUUUUCCGGUUACAGUGUCAAGUACAAUCUGUAGCGAGACGUUCGGCCGUAAUAGAAGCUGCUGUUCUUUUCUAAUAGUCGUUUAACGUUAAAACAGCGCGUGUCAUGGCGAGUACAGCGACAGACCAGAAUACAACGUUUCAAAUCCGACCUGAUUUAAAGGACAAAUUCAGGAGCACUGUGGUUCGAGAAAUCAUCCAUAGCACACUUGUAGAACAGCUCACUGGGUUUGUGUAUAAUGCUGAGGCUGGAGAGGAGAUGACCAAGCAGAUAGCAGAUUUGCUGAGGAAUAAAUUGCUUGAAUUGAAUCUUCCUCGCUACAAGUUUCUAGUCAAUGUAGUUAUUGGAGAACAGCGAGGGGAGGGAGUCAAAGUGGGUGCCCGUUGCCUUUGGGAUGCCGAUGCAGACAGUUAUGCUUCAGACGUAUUCUUAGCGGAAACUUUCUUCUGUUCAGCAGCAGUUUUUGCCAUCUACUUCUACUAGCUUUGGAAAUAUUUGUUCCAUGAAGAAAUGUGGUGUGAAAACGUUGGUGCGUGGUUUUAUAUUUUCCAAAGAAGAAAGCUAUAAUUUAUAGGAUUCAUUAGUAAAUUCUAGUUUCUAGGGCUGUGACAUGAAUAGAUUUUCUUUAAUGUCAUUUCAUAUUUAAUAGCUUUGCCAAAACAGACUAUUCUGUACUAGAUGCAGGCCUCCAUUUCUUUUAGUAUUUUUAUAAUAUUGAUCUGCUUAACUUGUCUUAGAAUGGCAAAAUGUAGAACAUGAACCUCCUCCCCAAUCAUAUUUUGGUAUAAAUCCAUAGUACUACAGGACUUGUCAUCCAUAUGGAACUGCAUUAAUAGAUGCAUUCUUCUCAAGUGGUUUAUUAAAGCUUUUCUUCCUUGUUGUUCCCUUUCUUUUUUAUGAAUUAGUAAUGUGAAUUUGAUUAGUGUAAGCCUAACAAAAUUUGUGUUAUCCAGUUAGAUGCAUUUUUUGUCUAGUUUGUAUAUUCAUUUUCAAUAUAACUCUUCUUUCUGGUUAUUGCCAGUUACAUGAUAUGGCUGAGAUUAUAAGUUGAUAAGUAUCAUACUGAGAGACUUAAUAUCUGUAGUGUGCCAGUUAGUACAGUAACAUUCUGACUGAAACUGGAUAAUUUGUAAAUAUGUCAGGGAUAUCUAGUCAUGUUUCUGUUUUGUUUUGUUUUUCUUUUUGAAGAACAUUUACUGAAAUACAUAUUGUAUCUGAAUUGUUAGAGAUACUGUCAUUUUGAAAACACCCUAGGGCAUUAUGAAUCCAUGUUAUGUAAUUUUUUCCCCAUUUGUAACUAGUUGGGAUUUGGGAAAAACUAGUUUCUGUAGAAUAUAUGCUGUCUGUCCAGUAUAAAUGAGUUGAAUGAAUAAGUGCUUAGGGAAAUGGUACAGUAAUCACAUGAUUCUGUGAGAAUAUUUGUUGAACUGUUUUCUAUAUUUGUUUUUCAAAUUGACUCACCCUCUAAUAGUGUUAAGGGAGUGCAGUGUUGUUUUUUUUUUUUUUUUUUUUUUUUUUUUUUUUUUUUUUUUUAGAUAUAAUGCUACAGUAUCCAUUUAAUUGCAAUUAAGCAUUCCUGAAGAAUAUUCCUCUCAUAGCAAUUGAUUUAUCUUUUUUUUCUCGUUUACUGGAAAGGUCCCAAAAUCAAAAGAUAACUGUACAUUUUGGAACCUCUAAAUGAAAAUGGCAGGAUUGAUAAUAUUAUUUAGAACUUCUUUUUUUAAAGGUAGAUUUAGAUAAGUAUGUGUGCCAUUACUGACAUGUCUUUCAAGUGUUACCAAGCAAUAGUUAUAUAGAAUACACUAUAUCUUUAGUUCAGAAUGUUGCACUUUCCAUACCAUCCCUUGGAACAGUCUUUCUAUGAUAUAUGCAAACUUUGUUUUACAGUAUUUUUACAAAUGUUUGACUUAGUUUUGAUAUGCAGUACUUGCAUAUGCAUUGUAUUUUGAUUAAUUGCAUGAAUAAAUAUGAUGUACAGAUUUUGGGUUGAUUCAAGUUGAUUCUUUAAUUGGAGAGAUACUGACCCACAC